AUUGCUGAGUGGUGAGUUUGGUUAUUGACAGUUGCUGUCAGUGGCACUGAUUUUUAGUCGUCGAAGUUGAAGAGCAUUUUCCCCGAAAAAAUGACUGCCGUUUUCCGAGUGGGCCUCAUACGCCUUUGCUCACGCAAUGCCCCCGCCUUGCCGGCUGGCUUGAGCCAACAGCAACGUUCCAUCUCCGGCAAAACAAUGCGUGGCGGUCCCCGUGUCAUACAACACAAACCAUUCCCCUACAAAGAGAAGGAAUACAAUGUCAUUCAGACCAUGUUGGACAAGACCACCAAACGUUUGAAUGAAAACUCCAAAAUCAUUUGCGUUGAAGGUCCCAUAGCGGCUGGCAAGAGUAAAUUUGCCAAAGAAUUGGCCGAUGAAUUGGAAAUGUUGUAUGUGCCGGAGGCCAAUAUGGAUAUGUUGUAUAUCAAUGCCUAUGGUUAUGAUAUGCGUCAAUUGGAUCCUGAAAUGCCAGAAAGUUGUCGUUCCUUCGAUACGGUCAACUUUUGCAAAGAGCCCAAUCAUCGCUUGACCGCUUCCUAUCAAAUUCAAAUGUAUAAAUUGCGUUUUGAGCAAUAUGUGGAUGCUUUGGCCCAUCUGUUGUCCACCGGCCAGGGUGUGGUAUUGGAUCGUAGCUGCUAUUCGGACUUUGUGUUCUUAGAGACUAUGUUCAGGCAUGGUUAUGUGUCCAGAGGCGCCCGCUCGGUGUAUUAUGAAAUAAGAGGCAAUACCUUGCCACUAUUGUUGAGACCACAUUUGGUCAUCUAUUUGGAUAUGCCAGUCGAUGCUGUUAAGCAACGCAUCAAGGCUCGCAACAAUGACUAUGAAGUCAAGUCUCCCGUUUUCACCGAUGCCUAUUUGCGCGACAUGGAAAACACCUAUAAACAACAAUACCUUAAGGAUAUUGCCACUCAUGCAGAGUUGUUGAUCUACGACUGGACAGCCGGUGGUGAAACCGAAGUCGUUGUUGAGGAUAUCGAACGUAUCGAUUUCGAAGUUUUCAACGAAGAUCCCAUGGAGAAGAAAAUGAAAGAUUGGCGUUUCCCCAAUGAGGGUGAAUGGUGUGAGGCACGUUUCAAUUAUACCUGUUGCAAGCCCGAUUUGAUGAACUAUUUCAAUGUGCCACGUUUCGAUGUGCCUGAAUUGUUGAGGGAUCCCGAAAGUGGCAAAAAAUGGCGUGACAUUUGGUUUAACGCUCCUGGCAUGAAGUACCGCCCUGGCUAUAAUGAAGAUAUGGGCGACACUGGCCUGCUCACCAAAGCCAAAAUCAAUAUUGCGGACAACAAAAUCUAAUUUUUUUUUUAAUUUUAGUCUAAAUCAAUUCGAGGAAUGAGUGUGCUACUUUUCAGUUGUCCGUGUUUCAAGAAGAACUGUGUUAAAAUCCUAAGAGCCUAAGAAUCCGCGACAUUGUCUGCCUGUUAGUGGCAGAAGUGAUGGCAAGAUAAAUAAUAAAGAAAAAGAAAAAUAGAGAAAAUUAUAUGGAAUUAAUGGAAAA